CGACACAAGAACCCUCCGACCCCCGCAGCCCUCCAGACACUCAGCGACGCCCAUACACGUCCACAUCUCCCAGAUACCAAUGCCCAAGGCAUCCAGCUCAGCGACUCGUGCAAGUGGGGAACAGCCUUUCCAAGCCGCCCAUGUAUUGCGGCGAAAUCAGGCUUGUCACCAGUGUCGAAGAAGGAAGCUGAAAUGCGAUGCAAAGCGGCCUUGCUCAACCUGCGUGCGGUCUCAUUCAUAUGCCGUGGCCCACGCACCCCCGGGCGCGGAGCUUCCCCCCAAUCCUCACUGCACGUUCGAUGAAGUUUCUGAAGAUGACGAGGCCCCAGAGAUUGUCGACAACCCGAAAGCCCGGUUCGAACGUCUCGAGAACAGGAUAAACGAGCUCGAAUCUCUCUUGCGAGAGAAGGACAAGGGUCCAACGCCUCAGUCUAGCACUGCGUCUCAUCGAACAAAUGGCGCGACACAUGCGAUAGACGGCCUCGUUCCCGGCACGCAGCCGAACAACACCACUCACUUGCCACGAGGUUAUGGGAGCGAGUCGUACAACUCCGCGCAGAUGGUGGCCAUCGACCCCGCUUUGAGUUUGCCAGAAUUCCAGUCAGGUUCUCCCCUCGAUAACCUGGCCGGUGUCGCAAGCCUUAUGGGCGCGCCUGGACCUUCACGCAUCACCAAUGGCUCCCCUACCACAGAGCCAAGCACGACAACGCAAGUUGACAGUCCUGAUCAUGACCUCGAUAUCAUGUAUAGCUCGUGGCCACGCGAUCUGCCAAACCCAAACUUCUUGCGGCAUCUCGUGGACGCUUUCUUCUCAUAUCACCCGGAUGCGACGCGCAUGUUCCACCAGCCGACAUUUCUCUCAACGUUACUGCUCCAUCCGACACAUCCUAGGUUUCCCUUCAUAGGCCUGCUUCACGCCAUAUGCGCUGUAGGUAGCAUGUAUACGGCUGCCGUACCGAGUCCGGCGAUACCGUCGGGCCCUGAAUUUUCCCCAUACGAUGUUUUCUCGGAUAGGUGGAGAGUACGCAAUGGUAUCAUUGACUCUUUUCCAGAGGUGCAGGCGAAAUUCAGCAAAGCUGCAAUCGAUGCGUCGAUGCAGGAUGGCGGGAAGCUGUUCCAGACAGUCCAAGCUGUUAUCCUUCUCGCGUGGUGGUACUGGGCAAACGCAAAGUGGUCCGACGCCUAUUUGCUUACAUCGCAUGCACUGCGCUACGCAGUCCCUUGCGGGCUGAACGUUUGCCCUCCAUUCCACACAAUUGCUGAGCCUGUAAGGCCACCUUCUCUGCUUCCCCCGGCUUCAACUGUCGUUGAAGAUGAGAUGAGGCGGAACACGUUCUGGAUAGGCUAUGCUAUCGAGCGUUGUCAUGGGACAGCGAAUGGUUGGGCGAUGACGCUCGACGACCAAGACGUCUCUCAGCUGCUACCACUUCGUCGAGAUCAGUUCGAGCAAGGAAUUUUGGUCCUCCCGCAAGAACGACAGUGGUCACACGACAAGGACAUGCUCAUUAAACACCCUGAGGACCAAGUAGACGGGUUCAUCCUCUUCGUCAAGGCGACCAUGAUCCUCUCGCGCGUCAAGAACUUUAACAUGCGCUUCCGGUCGAAGCACCAUUCCGGCGACCCCUCGGCGCAGGUCAUCAACAAUCUGUUCCCUCCGCCGCACGCGUGCAAGUAUAGCGACAGCGACGGUGAGCCGAUGGACCCGCGGCAGACGGCGGCGUUCUUGGAACUGGACCAGUUGGUGACGGCGUUCAGGUCGUCGUUUCCUGUGCACCUGAGGAAUCCAGCGAAAGAGCAGGUCGACGCGCACCUAUUCUCGGCUAUUACUGCUGCGCAUCUUGCCGACAUACUCUUGCAUGAGUCUCACGCGGUCAUCGGUAGGAAAAACUGCGUUUCGUCGUGCCGCAUUUUGAAUGCCGCGCGCGCGAUGCUGGACCUGCUGUACCAGGUCAACUCCACUAGUUAUGACCUCACGUUCUUGAGCGUGUUCCCUGUUAUGUGCUGGUUUAUGGCUGGCAGGGUUUUCGUACGAUUCUUGCUCGCGGCGAUCAACCAGAAUAGUGAAGAACAGUGCUUGACGAUCUGGGCUGAGGUGGAUUACAUCCGCACCGCUAUGUUCCGAGUGGGCGCACAUGUCCCAUUAGCUCACCGCUAUGGGUCGAUGCUGCACGACUUGCUCGUGCAGAGCUGCGGCGACCGGUACGCAGGGCCUGCGCCCAUGAUGACACAGAGCAUACCGGACGUGGAUAUUGUCGCGUCGCAGAACAACGUGUAUGGGGCCAGCCUGCAGGCGAUCCCGACGCCGCCGUCGUGAAUCAGAAUUGUAUGUUAGGUUCUGUUACGGAUGGUCGGAAUUUGUGCGAUAUAUACAUAGAUCAUCUACGGUUGAUGUAUUGAGUAGUAAUGUAUGUCUAUCAUGGAGCGGUUCACCAUA